AUGGAGCACAUGGAGCACAUACUCCCGGACAGCAUAACGAAGCUUGAGCGAUGUUUACCCAGACCACCCAAACAAGAUGUUCCCAUGACAGAGAACUUCACCGUCGAGCACUCUCAGAUUCUCAAGGCUCCAGAUCGCCCACCCUCUCCAGGAGGUUCCUCACUUAUCAAGCGCCGUGAUAUGGAAAGUUCGCUAUUCAGCCUCCCUUCCUCUCAGUUUCUCUCCCCGUCAAACUCCACAAUACUACCACCUAAGCACGAUGACCCCGCCUCACCUUCUGCGCCGACAAACCUUUCGAAUUGGGCUCACCUAAAUUUAAUCAAGACACAACGCAAGGACCUUUCCACCUCGCUCAAAGCAACCCAGGUUGCCCAUUCCGAGGCUCGCGCAUCCGUGGCUGCUUUGAGACGGCUCGCGUUUCGCCUCGCCGUCAACAUCUCGGUAAAAGAGAAUAAAAUUGCUACAUCUGCACGAAGCUUAGCCGCAAGCAGGAAAACCGAAUAUGUGUUAGGCACAGGACUGAGAGGCGCGGAAAAGAGGGUUGGAGAGCUGGAGCAGGAGUGGAGGGAGGAGAGGGCACGGAAUAGGGAGAUAUUGGAGAGUUUGGAGCGAGCGUCAGCGUUGACAUUGCAAUAUACUGACCCCAGCCGCCGACCAGUAUCUCCGCCUUCGUCACCACCCACCCGCAUUGCCACUCUUUCACAAUAUAAUCGCGUCGGAGACAGCCCGCCCAGAACACCCACCCACUCUCCUAAAGCCUCUAAGUCCUCGGACUCGAUUAACCCAAAUGCAGCGCACCACCACCGCUAUCAUAGCACACCAGACACCAUCGAAAUCCGUACUUCUAAUGACCGCCUCAUCAAAGCGAAACGCGAGUCCGACCACGCGCUAUUGGUGGCUCGCUCUCGCAUAGAAGCACUCCAGGCUGAUUGUUUUCGGAGCAAGGAGAUUGCAAAGCAGCUAGAGCUGAAUCGCGUUGAGCUCGAGGAUGAGAUCGCGGGCUACAAGGCGCGAGUGACGGCGCUAGAAAGCUCAAAAGCGGCCGUCAAGGCGACACUGAGAGCGACCGAGGCGAAGUUGGAAGAUGCCUCCAGGUUAGAAAAAGAGCUUAGAGGCGAAUUAGACGGAAAAACGCGGGAGAUACAGAUGCUGGAAACGAAGGGCCACAAGAGCGAGGCAAGCCUAAAGGCAUUGAGCGAGUCGAACCGGUUAUUGGAAGAGGAGGUUGAGAGCUGUAGGGAACAAAUCGCGCAAUUGGAGAGGGCAAGAGUUGAGAUGGAGGAAGAGGUGGCCGAGCUUCAGAGGAGGAUGGCUCGUGCAGAGCAUGGGGAGGCCAUGCUGGAGUCCAGACUGGCAGCUAGUGAGAGUGAAAAGGGCACGCUCCGAGCACAGCUUGACAAGAGUACUGCGAAUGUAGGGACGUUGGAAAAGGCAGCCGCUUUCUUUGAAGAGCAGGUUCGCGACUACAACGAAAGGAUCACGUCACUGGAAGGAUCGGUCAGCUGGCUGGAUGACGGGCUGAAAAAUGCUCACAGCUUGAAGGGGCGCGUAGAGUCGGAACUGGCAGCUAUGCGAGUGACCGUCACGGAGCAAGAAUCUAGCAUCGCGUCGAUCAACGAGGCAAACGCUAGCCUACGAACGGACCUGAAGAGCACCCGGAACGCUAAGACGACUCUUGAGAGCGAACUGAAUUUCAUGCGAGAGAGGCUUCUGGCUGAGGCAGAUGCCAGGGCCGAGUUACACGACGAAGUCCGCUCUUUGCAGUAUUUGAAGGGUAACUUAGAAGAUGACCUACGAGAAGCUCGGACGCGUAUUGAAGAGCUUGAUCGACCAGAGGUCCUUGAGGAGCUUCAAGCUUUGAAGGCCUCUAAGAUCUCUGUAGAAGAACGGCUUAAGUCUGUUCAAAAGACAUCCCUAGACCUCCAGGAGGAUCUUCGGUUAACCAAAGAGAAGCUUGCAACUAUGGAGGCAGCUAACACAGAUCUCGCUUCCAAGCUCAAGCAAUCUGAGACAAAACGAGAGGAUCUGGAAUCUAAGCUAGUCCUCUCGGAAACUGCAAACUCAUCUCUCAAGCACGAGAUCCAACAUAUCACUCAGUCGAAAGCCGACACUGAGGAACGUCUCCUUAGGCUCAAGUCUUCCCUCGAGUCAAAACUCCACGAGUCUGAAUGUGUGCACAUCUCUCUGCAACAGGAAGUACAGGAUAUCCGACAAUCGAAAGCUGAAACCGAAGAACUCCUCAGCAAGGUCCUCGAAUCGAAAGCAUUUCUCGAGUCUAGACUCCGUGAAUCCGAGACCUCGAACACCUCCCUCCAGCGUGAAGUCCAGUCUAUACGCGAAUCCGAGAGCGAGACAAGGGAACGCCUUUACAGUAUACUCAAGUCACAGGUUUCUAUUGAGAAUAGGCUCCACCAAUCAGAGGUUAGCAAUACGGAGCUUGAGAAUGAGCUUCAGCACGUUCGCCGCUCUGCAGAGGAAACCGAGCAACAACUCCAAAACAUUCUUAAAUCUAAAUCCUCCCUGGAGUCUAGAUUCCUUAAAGCUGAAUCCACCAACAACUCUCUUCAGCAGGAAGUGGAGCACAUCCGCCGUUCAGCAGAGGAUAUUGAACGGAACCUGGAUAAUGCACUUGAGUCUAAAGCAUCUCUUGAGAUGAAACUCCGUGAAUCUGAGACUAGCAAUACUUCACUCCAACAAGAAAUCCAACGGCUCCAGGCCGCCGUAAGGCAGACUGAAGAACAACUCUCCAGUGUAGACUCGUUUGCCAGUGCCAGGGGUGCCUCCACACAGACUGAAGAGUCAGAUUCCAGGAACAGUGCAUACUCGUUUGCCACUGUCAGGGGUGCCUCCACGCAGACCGAAGAACUAGAUUCCAAAGGGAACAGUGCACACUCGUUUGCCACUGUCAGGGGUGCCUCCACGCAGACCGAAGAGUCAGACUCCAGGAAUAGUGCACACUCGUUUGCCACUGCGAGGGGUACCUCUAUAGGCUUAGCCGACCUCGAGCUCAACACUCUCCGAGCCACCAACGCUGCGCUCGAGUUUUCGGAGCGUCGUCUCUCGGCGCGCCUCUCUGUGGCCGAGAACGAGCUCGCUGCUGUGCGCCGUGCAAAUCAAGAGCUUGAAGAGUUCCUAGAUCAGGCCGAAAAUGAUAUGCAAGUAGCUGAGGCAUUCACAGUGGACUGCCAGAACCAGCUUGAAGACUUCGUAGAUGAAGGCAACAUGAAGCUAGCUGUAGCAGAACGCUCGCGCUUAAAGUACAAACGCCGUCUAGCGACUAAGGGAAAAGAACUCGACGUCUUGAAAGAUGAGAACGAGACACUUUCCUUACAACUCGAACGGAAGAGCAACGAGAUCGAGGAAGUUCGGCGUAAAGAAGAGAAGAUGAGACAGGAGCUGGCCGACAAAGACCGCACCAUCGAGGCCAUGGAGCGCAAUAAGGCUGAGUAUAAGGCCAGCAUGGACGCCAUAGAGUUGGAGCUUCAGGAGUUGAAAGAGAGUAAAGAAACGUUCGAGAAGUUAGUCCACAUUCUGCAGCAAAAGACGAAGACGCUGGAAGUUCUGAAUGAAUGGCACGAGGUGCCUAGCGAUGAGGAAGGCGAUGCGUUUACCCUUGGUCCACUUGGCUUCGAAUUCGGACUCGAUUCAAGGAUGAAGAAAUUGCAAGCGCAGGACCCUAACCCGGUCGACUACGGAAAGGAGGCUCCCGACGUGGAGAGACCGAGGCCGAUGUCAAGCAAUCGCCACAGCGUGCGCAGUAAGCGUAGCUUAGAAAACGCGAACCAGAGAUAUGAGCCUGAGAGGCCGGCCAGCCAGCGUUCGAACGGUACAGCCGGAUCAGUGCGCACGAACACGGAGGGCGAUGCUGAGCUGGACGCGUGGGCAAAGGAGGUGGAGCGCGUGCGCAUGCUGAGAGACGAGACAGCAAUCCAGCUUAAGGGUAUGAAGAAGCUCAAAGCGAACCUACGCAAAUCUCUCAAGAAGAGCGAGGACGAGUUGGAACAGCUGGAAAGAACUAAGGCCAAAGCGAAGGCCAAGAAGGAGAAGAUGGGCAGUCGACCAUCGUCUGGCUAUCCAGGCCUGCUUCGUAGCAAGAAGUCCUCGAGGUCUACUACUGGGACUGGCUCUUUCGAUAAGGAGACUGGGCAGUGGUCGAGUGUGGCUCCUAGACCGAACACCUCGCGUGGCCAUGAGGCAGCGUCGUUCUUCCGCCCAGGCACAUCAGCCUCGAAGAGGACCUGGAGUGGAGGCUUGCAUCGGACGAGCGCGGCCAUGUCUUCGAGCACGGGGUCCGAGGGAGCAGCAGACCUCGAUGGGGCUAAAGGAAGCGACGCGAAGAAGGAAAAGCAUGGGUGGCGUGUCACGCUGAGGGGUGCAUUUGGGUCUACGGGGAGGAAAAGGAGUCCCCUAGUUUCUUAG